AUCAUCUUCGUUUGUUGUUUACUCUUUGAUUCGUCUCUUUUCAUUGACAUUGAUUUUUUUUGAUUUUUCAUGGAUUACGAUCAAUAGUAGAGCAAAGUUCGUCCAACGUCGUCAUAGAGUUCCAUCAAGUUUAAAAUAAUGGCGGAAAAUAAAAUUGUCACCACCCUACUGACCAUUGUCCAUAUUGUCAUAGAUUCCUUAUUGGAAUUUAUUCUGGGUUGGUAUUUGGGAGUGAAAAAAGAAUGUAGUCCACCAAGCGAACAGGAGAAACCAGUUGUUUCGAAAAGUGCUGUUGAGUUGGCGACCUUAAUUCGCCAGCGGAAACUCAAAGCAUAUGAUGUUGUGAAAGUAUAUUGCGAGCGCAUCAAAGCGGUGGGCAUUUCACAACUCAAUGCUGUGGUCGAUGGUCCAUUUACAGCCGAAGCUUUAAAGGAGGCCGAAGAAAUUGAUCGUAAAUUGGAUAAUGGCGAAUACACAGAGGAAGAAUUGCUGGCCAAACCAUUUUUGGGCGUACCAUUUACAACUAAGGACAGUACAGCUGUGGGAGGAAAACUUCACACAUUGGGUCUGGUGUCACGCAAAAAUGAACGAGCCCCCGAAGAUGCUGAAUGUGUAAAACUUAUGAAGGAGAGUGGUGCCAUAAUUAUAGCAACCAGUAGUGUACCCGAAGUCAAUAGAUGGAUUGAGACUCGCAACAAACUUAUUGGCCAGACAAAGAAUCCCUAUGAUCUAAGGCGUUCAGUGGGCGGUUCCAGUGGUGGCGAAGCUGCCCUCAUAGCAUCAUGUUCCACGGCAUUUGGUCUUGGUACAGACAUUGGAGGAUCCAUACGUAUACCAUCAUUCAAUUGCGGUGUAUUUGGUCAUAAGCCCACACGCAAUGUGGUAAAUAUGCGUGGCUGCACAUUCCGUACUGGCAAGGAGGAACAUACGAUGGUCGCUGCCGGUCCCAUGACACGAUAUGCCAAAGAUUUGAUGCCUAUAUUCAAGGUUUUGACAGGGCCUGUUAUGGCUGAGAAAUUGAAACUGUCUAAACCGGUUGACUUGAAAAAGCUGCGCUUUUUCUAUAUACCAUGUAACAAUAUGAAACAAUGUAAUCCCGUGAAUAGAGAAACCCAAAUGGUCAUGUAUAAAAUACGCAAACAUUUUCAAAAUAUUACUGGGGCCGAAGUGAAAUUGGCAGUAUUGCCCCAUCUGGAAAUAAGUGGCAAAAUGUGGAGAUAUUGGAUGACCCAGGAACCGGCCAAUUUCAACAAUCUCCUGGGCAAUGGUGUGGAGCUUAAUCCAUUUGUAGAGCUGUUCAAGAAACUGAUAGGACAAAGUGAAUUUACAAUGGCAGCCAUAUUUUCUCUAAUCGACAGUAUUUUGCCCAAGGAGAAAGAGGAAUUCAUACGCUCGGCCACGCAAGAGCUAAAGAAGGCUUUGCAGGAUCUUCUUGGUGAUGAUGGUGUUUUAUUCUAUCAUAGUUCUCCGCGUACUGCGCCAUUCCACUACUAUCCUCUGGUGAAAUUCCUCGAUUUCAGUUACUUCUCCAUUUUUAAUGUUUUGCAAACUCCCGUAACUCAAGUGCCUAUGGGUCUAGAUUCAAAUGGCAUGCCAUUGGGUAUUCAAGUUGUUGCAAGCGAUAUGAAUGAUCGUUUUUGCAUAGCUGUUGCCGAAGAGCUUGAACGACAAUUUGGUGGCUGGGUGCAACCUUAAGCCGCGAUGUCAUGAUGAGGAAAGUUGUUUUGCACAUUCCGCCCCAUCCCCUUUUUUAUACAGAGUUGUUGAAAAAUCGGUAGAGGUACGUUUUGAAGAGCUAUAAGCUAAUGCUAUGUACAUAAUGGUAAAGGUAUUCAGAAAACAAUGACUGUUAUAUAUUUACGUAUGCAAUCAAUAAAUAUAUUUUAUAAACUAAUAAUAUAA